CUCAUACUGUACAACAAAAAUUAGAAAGUCAAUAAAAUGCGAAAAACGAACAUUUAAAAAAAAAACAUGCCAAGCCUAAGUGGCUGGUGUUACAGUGAAGUGGUAUUUAUUAGAGUGGACACAAUGUGAAAAGCUUUCGCGAUGUGGGCGGCGGAGUUCAGCUGUGUUUUCAUAUUAUUCGGUGUAACAGCCGGCGGCGGAGGCUGGGAGCCUCUGGGGCAGCCGUACUUCGACAACAGCACGAAGCGCGAGGCCACCGCCGCCGUGGGCCAGCCUGCGUACCUCCACUGCAGAGUCAGAAACUUAGCUGAUAGAGCGGUAUCCUGGAUCCGUAAACGAGACUUGCACAUACUGACCGUAGGAGUUCACACGUAUAGCAGCGACGCGCGGUUUGCGGCUCUCCAUGCGGACGGGUCGGACGAGUGGACGCUGCGGGUGGCACCCGCACAACCGCGCGACUCCGGGGUGUACGAAUGCCAAGUGUCUACAGAACCAAAGAUUAGUUUGUCCUUUCGGCUCACUGUUGUUGUGUCGAAGGCUGAAAUUUUAUCUGGGCCGGAGCUGUUCGUGAGAGCGGGCUCGGAUAUCAAUCUCACUUGCGUCGCGAAGCACGCCCCGGACCCGCCAAGUUUUAUAUACUGGUAUCGGGGAGAGCAAGUCGUCAACUACGCACAGCGUGGAGGGAUCAGCGUGGAAACUGAGCAGCGGACGCGGACGAGUCGGCUGCUCAUAGCUCGCGCUGCUCCCCACGACUCCGGGAACUACACUUGCGCACCAAGCAGUUCUGAGUCUGCGUCAGUGAUCGUUCAUGUACUGAGCGGGGAGCGGCCGGCUGCUAUGCAGAGUUCCAGCCCACCACCUCAACAACUAAAUCCAAUACUAUUAGCGACCAUUGCCACUAUGUCGACGGUACAUCGGCAACGUAGCUUUUACCCAGCGAAUUUUUUCUAUAUAUUAUUCGAAAUAACCUUUUUCGCUUGCGUUGCAUUUUUCGUAGGUUAUGUUGAUUUCUUCAAAAACUUUUGGAUGCGGUCUGGGAGAUGACCAACUACGGUUUAAGUUCUUGAUUUAUGGGAAAUGUAAUGAUAGCAUAACUUUAAGCUGCUUUAUGUAUAGUUCAACUAAAGCGUUCAAAGUACAUCCUUGGAACGCUAUUGUGUAUUUGAAAUACAACGACUCAAUAUCUAGUAUAUAUUACCUUUAAAAGGUUACGAAAGUUAUAAUUAUUCAAAUUUAUUAUUUGGUACUCAUUUAAUAUAUUUUCAUAGUACAUUCGACAUGAAUUCUAGUUUCGAAAACAUUUUUUUCUCGAGAUGAAAAGGCUUAAGAGCGUCGCCUAAUUGAAUUUUCUAAUAGAGCGAUAAGCGCCUUAAAAAGCUUGAGGUAUUAAUGUUGAUAUUAAUUGUCUUUAUGAAGAUUAACGGUACGCAUUUACUUUGGCGGCUUAAGUAUUUUAGGCGAUUAGUUGCCGCUUAUUCUCUUUCGUUUUUUCCAGCUAACUACGCUGAUCUUAAUCCUAUAGCAAGAUUAAAAGGAAAUCGAUUUUGCUAUUUCGAUAUGCCAUGAGCUGAGAUUCAAUAUAAGAAGCUUAGUUUAUGUGUUACGUGUUUAAGCCGACGGACGGUCUCUUUGCCACGUUAUUUGCCUUUCUAUCAAGUUGAAUAAACAGCACGAACUAGUCACAACCGACUAGUUAUAUAAUCCCCCGAUUGGAACAAAUAAA